UCAGCCCCCAUCCCUGCCCCUCCCCCUCCCCCUCGGAAGCCCCCGCAGGGCCACGCGUCACUCGACAUCGAAGAUCGGGUUCUUUAGAACCAUCCUCGCCCCGGGCCGCCCACCGCUCGCCAUCGGAACGCCCCGCGAGGCUGGGCAUCGGAAGUUCGGAUUUCGGAACGACUCCGGCCUCGCACCGCUCGCCAUCGGAACCCUCCGCGAGGCCGAGCAUCGGAAGUUCGGAACCACCCCCGCCGCGCGCCGCUCGACGCUCGCCACUGGAACCCCCCGCGAGGCCUAGCGCUGCUCACCAUCGGAAGUUUGGAACCACCCCGGCCGCGCGUCGCUGGCCAUCGGAACACCCCGUGUCGCUGCGCACCACUCGCAACCUGGUUUCGAGUUCUGCUCUUCCCCCGCCGCACGCCCACGUCAUCUGGCACAUCUCUCUGCCGUUGCCUCUCAUCCGCUGUUUCUCACACCUCUCGCGAGGAGGUUGACGAGGACCACCGUUUCUAGGGCGUAGGGCGACAACCUGCCGUCUCUACAUGCACACGGCCAAUUCCGUUCUCCUCUGCUUUCUCUAGGGGCCAUGAUCCUGUCUACUUUACGGCAUGGCCAAGGGGCGCUCAUGCGCGGCCUCCAAGGCCCCCCUUGUCUCCUCCUUCACAGAAUAACUGCUCUUGGCUGCAGAGAUUAUAGCAAGGAUAACUCUUUUGAGAGUGCGGAUGACUUUGAACGUCGUUUAUUUGGUGAUGGAGACAAAAGUUCAAAUACUGAUCCUUUUUUCCGUAAACUUGAUAAGCUUGAAAAGGCUCAUAGUAGAUCCAAUAUGGAUUCUAAAGCAAAUGAGGGUGGUAAUUCUCAAUUUAUGAGUGGCUUUGGUGAGAGUUUUGAUUCAUUGCAAGAUGGUAUGGAUGAAAAGUUGGAGAAAGCUGCACAAACCUUCGCUUUUACUGAUGAGAUCCAAAAUGAUGAUUAUGCAUUCAGACCAGACGUGACUUUUUUCCCGGGAACAACUUACACUACCAGGGAUCUCGAUCUUACAAAACCUGCAGUACAGAAAACGUAUAGACCACCUGGCUUUGAGACAACUACGGAAGAAGUCUUAAGGAAAGCUGAUUUCAGGAACGUUAGAUUCCUUUCCAACUUCCUUACAGAAGCAGGGAUUAUCAUCAAAAGGAGUCAGACCCGCAUAAGUGCCAAAGCUCAGCGGAAGGUUGCAAGGGAGAUCAAAACUGCACGAGCUUUCGGGCUAAUGCCCUUCACGACGAUGGGAACUAAGCCAUUUGUUUUCGGACGAAACAUGAAAGAUGAUGAGGAGGAUUACGAGUUUGAUGAUUCUUUUGAAGAGAAUAUGGAUGGUGCCGAUACUGAGGCAUGUGAUGAAGCUUGAUAUGAUUAGAGACAAAACCUGAAGAUUGUAGCUGCUUUGUUCUGAGAAACGAAUAUUUGCAAUGUUCGUCAGUAAAUCUUCUACUUUUUUGUCCUUCACUUCUUGCUAGAUGUUUAAAUAUCUAUUUAUGCCUACAGAAUAAUAUGUUUUUCAUGAUUUGCUGCAUUUGGAUAGUUUUGAUGUUGCUUGCUAAGCAUUUUUGGAUAGGAUAAAUGAAAGUGAGAGCUUGUAAAACCUUAUGAAAUUGGCAGCUGUGAAUCUGGGGCACUUGACAUGUUACAGCUUUUUUUCUUAUUGCAGUAAGAAAAAGAAAACGUAUUUCUUUAUUUUGA